AUGAUAACAAAUAUGAAUUCACCAGUUGAGACAACAGCGGCGACAAAACCAUCGACAGUGCCAAUUAAACCGACUACGGUAUCGCCAAAGCCGAAUACGACACUCCCGACUACGACACGACUGACUUUAGUGCCAACACAGUCAACUACCACAACCACAAAGCCCUCAAAGUCAUCUGCGACAUUUUAUCUAUCUCCGGCGAAGGCGAAUUGGUUUGGCGCAAAUGUGUAUUGUCAGCGAAAUAACUCAAGACUAGUCGUUUUGAAUUCGGCCGAAAUGCAGAAAGAACUCGAGGAAUUUCUUGACCAACAUAAUUUACGUAACCAACCCUUUUGGACAGCCGGCAAUCAGUUAAUUGAUAUGAAGACAUGGCAUUGGGGCAUUGAUGGACCGCUUAUCGAAUAUACGCACUGGUCAAAAGGUCAACCAGAUAAUUAUAAAAAUAGUCAACAUUGUAUAAAAUUAUUUGCUAAAAGUUUCCAAUGGGAUGAUGACAAUUGCGAAAGAAUUUUAGAUUUU